UUCUAAUAGGUUGGAGUUGAAGAAAUGUCCACAGUAACUGUUCAUGUUUGAUUUUAUUUCGAGCGAAAAACCAGUUUAAAUCUGAAAACCGGUGUGCAACUUUUACCGCAAGCUAACGCGACGGCUUGUGCUAGCUGUACCCACAACCAGGGAUGCUGGGAGGGGAAAUUAAGGAACAUUAAGGGCUAACAGUGACAGCAGUUUGGGGAUACAGGGCCUGGGGCAAUGCAUUCACUGGCUCAGGAAAUUCAGGGCUUCUCCAAAAACCUCCUGAAGAAGCAGUUCACGCGCGUCACCACGGUGACGGGCAGGAAAUUGCUGGAAAAGAGGUGUGAUGGAGCAGAGGGCGAGGUGGAGCAGGUGGAGGAGCUGGAAGAGGAAGGCGGGUGUGGAUUUGUAGAAGAUACUGGCCUUGAUCUUCAAGUCGGGGUAGUCAGACCCUUUCUGCUGCUAGCCUCUCAGGAUGCAGCCCACGACAUCGACACCAUGCAGAGAUUUAAGGUGUCCCAUGUGCUAAACGUGGCCUAUGGAGUCACCAACCUGUUUCCAGAUCAGGUGGUCUAUAAGACGCUUCAGAUCCUGGACCUUCCAGAGACUGACCUCUUGUCACAUCUGGAGGAAUGCAGCUCCUAUAUAGACCAGGCCAAAAAGCAGGGCGGCGUGGUGAUGGUCCACUGUAACGCAGGUGUGUCACGCUCCUCCUCCAUUGUGAUUGGCUACCUGAUGUUAAGGGAGGGGCUUUCAUUUGAUGAUGCGUACAACCAGGUGAAGCUGGCUAGACCUUCAGUUCGACCAAACCCCGGCUUCUAUCAGCAGUUACAGAACUACAAGCCUUAAAGGACGACACGACGGCUCCAUCUGUUAAAAUAACAGCCAUGGGAUUUAAUAAUAUGUUAACAAUAUAAACUCAACGGUACUGCAAUGUUUUCUCCAUAAGCUUUGAACUGAAGCUGAACCAUGAAAAGCCAUGUUCUGUAUGUCUUGCUACUCCAACCGUUUUGUACGUCUGAAUCAUUUGUGAAAUAAACAUUGCGACUUUCUUCUGCUGUUUUAGUGAG